AUGACGGAAAAGUAUCCCAUCGGCACACGCACCGAGAGCGAGCGUCUCGUCCGCGAGUGGGGGUUUCGACAUAUCUUCACCUGGACGGAUGGAAGCAACGCCCAUUAUUCCCCGCACUCGCAUGGCGGUCUGACGACACAUCUUAUUCGUCGGGGGUCUCUGACUAUCGCAUACCCUGAUGAUAAUGCGGAGCAUAAUGGGGAAGCUGAAAAGGUGACGUUUCGAGUUGGGGAGAGGGUUGAUGUUCCUGCUGGGAAGGUUCAUGAGGUUUGGAUUGGGGAUGAGGGGUGUGAGUAUGUGAUUGGAGAGUAG